AUGCAUUCUCGUCUCACUGUCAACGGUGCCUCUUAUUCCUCCAGACAGUCUUCAGUUACAGUCAACGACGUAGUCAGCGCUUUGCAGAAGAAGUUGUCAGCAAACCACGCGGAUUAUCAUCCACCCAUCUCUACCCGGCGCCCGUCUUUCUCCAUGGACAGUUUACUGCACCCAAAGAAAGACAAGAAGCGGGAUGACUCCAAAGAUCGUGACCAUGGCCAAAAGCGCAAGUCGCUCACCAUGCGUCACUCGAGCAAAUCCAAAGACCGCAGUUCGGCACACUCUCCCAGAGUGACGCCGGCUAAGCCUGGUCGAUUCGAAAUGAUCAUCGAGUCUCCUCCUCUGGUGAUGUAUGGAGCCGCGAGCAAUUCCACCGGAGCCUUGCUCUCGGGGCGUCUCACUUUGAACGUGGACGACCCAACCGGCGAAGUUCGGCUUGAGGAAUUCACCAUGGUACUGAAGGCCACCGUGCAGACCAAGAAACCAGUCAGCAAGGAGUGCAGAGACUGCAUCGAGAAGACGGAUGUGCUUAAGACGUGGACCUUCCUCUCCGAGCCAAAGACCUUCCGCACAGGCGAGGAUAACCAGUUUCCUUACUCCUAUCUCUUUCCCGGUCAUCUUCCUGCCACCACACAGUCACAGCUCGCCUCAAUACAGUACUCCCUUCAUGCGGUCGGAGUGACAUCUCAAGGCGAGAAGCUCAUCCUGAACCAUCCCUUGACUCUUCAGAGAGCCAUUCAACCUGGACCGGAAAAGUCAAGCAUCCGGAUCUUCCCUCCAACCAACCUGACCGGCCGGGUUCAACUGCCACCUGUCGUUCAUCCAAUUGGCACCUUCCCAGUGACCAUGUCUUUGAGCGGCGUGGUGGAGAAGAAAGGCGACAGUCAGACUCGAUGGCGAUUGAGAAAGCUGUCCUGGCGUAUCGAGGAGCACAGCAAGGUGGUUUCAACUCCUUGUCCCAAGCACGCCCACAAAGUGAGCGAAGGGAAGUCGAUAUUACAUUCCGAGACUAGAAUUCUCGGUAACGAUGAGCUCAAAGGCGGCUGGAAGACCGAUUUCGACACUACUGGUGGCGAGGUCUAUAUGGAAUUCGAAGCGUCUUUGGCAACCAAAUCCAAUCACAAAGCAACAUGCGACGUUGAGUCACCUUCCGGGAUUGAAGUCAAGCACAAUCUCGUGCUUGAAUUGAUUGUCGCGGAAGAGUUUUGCCCCAACAAAAAUACCCAACUGGUCACCCCUACUGGCGCUGCCCGCGUAUUGCGCAUGCAGUUCGCACUCGUCGUGACGGAACGAGCAGGCAUGGGAAUCAGUUGGGACGAAGAAAUGCCUCCUAUGUACGAAGAUGUGCCAGCAAGCCCACCUGGCUACGGUAGUGCCGACAAAAAUGACGGUGCCUGGGGCGGUGCCGUUAUGGAAGAUUACAAUGGACCAGAGCUUGAAUACGAAGCCCUUGAUGAGAUGGGCAACCGGACAGGGGGUUUCCUAAUGCGUGGUCAACCUGAUAGCCGGGCCGAGAGCCCCAUCGCGGGACCUUCACGACCCAAUGCAGCAAUCAGGCAGCUUGCUGGUCUCACCAACGAUGAACUAGGUGCUGAACCGCCUCAGUAUGCCCUGCGCGGAAGAGAGGACUCGACGACUAGCAGCCAGACUGCUCCCGGGGAGGACGUUGGCGAAGGCGUCGCCGCCCUUGCAUUACACUGA